AUGCCCUUCAAGGACGCCCUCGACGAAUGCUACCCUCACAUCCUUGACGAUAUUGUCGACUACAGCGAGUACGCGGCCCAUAUCCCGCUCUACAAUGUCAACCACUACUGUCGCAACCGGAUCGACACUCACCAGGCCAAGCACCUAGUCUGGGACGAUGGGCUCUUCACCAAGACCCUCGACGGCCAAUACGUCCGACCCCUCAACCCCCUCCUGGCCGCACGCCUGCCCGCGGCUCUGACUAUCAAUGAACUCCUUUCGGAGCAGCGCGCUCAUCUCGACCUGUUCCGAAUUACCCACAUUAUGUUCAGGUUGAAGCCCCCGCGCAGUAGUCGGGUUGGCCCUCCCUUUAAGCAGCUGCCUCCAUCGCCCCAGCUCCAGAACCUACUGGCCAUCAACCAGGUUUUCGACAUCUACGAAAAGCGGAACGGGGAGGACGACUGUCUCAUCAGCUUUCCCAUCAAGCCGUCUGUACUCCGCUUCUGGCCUGUGGUCCGCAACAUCGCCUGGCGCGCUACGACCUAUAACGUUGGCCAAAUUGACACGCUCGUCAUCCUCCCCGCCCGUGUCACUCCCAAGUCUCCUGUCAAGGCACCCCGCUAUACUCUUUGCCUUGGAAUUGACGAGGUCACGCCGUUUAUUAGCGUCAUAUCGGCCAACCGCAUCGUGCUCCACCUCCGCGAUAACUCGCUCCACCUUCUCGGGGACGUGCUGGGAACUUCCGCCAUUGAGGGCACAGACAUUGUGCUGAUCGCUAGCGGCUGGAAGAUGGGCGGAAUCACCACCUUCAAUGGGUUCGCCUACCUGCUCUGGAUGAUUGUUGAUAGCAUGAACGACAAACAGUCUAUCACCCUUGUUGACGACCAGGUACAGGUUUCCAAGCGGACGCUAAAGACCCUCCGCCAGAAGACCGGGGUGCCCGGCCUUGAGUCGACUGUGCUUGCGGACAUUUUCAAGGACGUUUUGGACAGCAUUACCUCCAGGUCGGUGCCUAAGUUCCGCGCGGUCUCUGUGGCUGAAUAUGAGGCGGAGCUGGGCGAGGAGCGCUUCGCCCUCGAGAUGGGAAACUAG